ACUGCCAGGAGAGCACGCUCGCCAUCCUUGUUUCACGGUCGCCAUGACAACGAGGCUGCCCGCAACGGCGGCGCGGGCUGGUCGUUGAGGCUGCCUGGUGGUGUGUCCGGCCCCCGGACCUCGCCCUGCGGUGCCCCAACUCCAUCCACCUGAACAAGGGCUAUGAGAAGAUGGUGGGGCAGACAAGGAGUAAGCUCAGGGAAGCGAGCCCCGACAUGCCACACUCCUCCCGCACCGGGCAGGCGAGGAGGAGGCGGAGCGCAGGGACCGUGGAGUCCCAGCAGGAGCGAGGCGCACCCCAGGAGAGGACGAAGUGGUCCUUGCUACAGCAUUUCCUCCUAGGCGGCAGGAAACUGCCCUCGGGAGCCCGCAACUAUGCGGCGCGGAGGAUCCGAAGUCUGAACGCACAAAAUUACUUUCAGCUGGAAGAGGUCACCAAGAUCCUUCUUCUCGACCGCUUCCAAUUCCUCCACAAUCUCCUAGACCACUUUCGCGAAAAGGUGCAGGCACUGCAGAUGCAUCGCUUCUCCCACCGGACCCUCUUUGGCUUAGCUACCUUUGUGGGGAUUUUGCACUGGUUACACUUAAUAACACUUUUUGAAAAUGACCGUCAUUUUUCUCACCUCUCAUCCUUGGAACGGGAGAUGACUUUUCGCACAGAAAUGGGACUUUAUUAUUCCUACUUCAAGACCAUCAUUGAAGCACCUUCGUUUCUGGAAGGACUGUGGAUGAUCAUGAAUGACAGGCUAACUGAGUAUCCCCUGGUCAUCAACACAGUGAAACGCUUCCAUCUUUACCCAGAGGUAGUCAUAGCCUACUGGUAUCGCACAGUCAUAGGAAUAAUGAAUGUAUUUGGAAUAGAAACUAAGACAUGUUGGAAUGUCACCAGAAUGGAGCCUCUUAACGAAGUGCAGAGCUGUGAAGGAUUGGGAGACCCAGCUUGCUUUUACAUUGGAGUAAUUUUUAUUUUAAAUGGACUAAUGAUGGGCUUGUUCUUCAUAUACGGUGCUUACCUGAGCGGGAGUCAGUUAGGAGGUCUGAUUACAGUCGCGUGCUACUUUUUCAAUCAUGGAGAGGCCACCCGUGUGAUGUGGACACCGCCUCUCCGGGAAAGUUUUUCCUAUCCAUUCCUUGUACUUCAGAUGUAUGUCUUAACGACUAUCCUCAGGAACUCCACUGUUCACAAAAAGCACUACAUAGCGCUCUGUUUCUCCAAUGUCGCAUUCAUGCUCCCUUGGCAGUUCGCUCAGUUUAUCCUUUUCACACAGAUAGCCUCGUUAUUUCCCAUGUAUGUUGUGGGAUACAUUGAGCCAAGCAAAUUUCAGAAGAUCAUUUACAUCAACAUGUGUUCUGUUGCCCUGUGCUUCAUUUUGAUGUUUGGAAACACAAUGUACUUAAGUUCUUAUUAUUCCUCAUGUUUGUUAGUGACAUGGGCAAUAAUGCAAAAGAAAAACAAACUCCAAAAAUUGGGAGCCACUGAACUCCAGUUUUGGCUAAUCCAAGGCUGUUCUUGGUGGUGUGGAACAAUUAUUUUGAAAUUUCUGACAUCUAAAAUCUGUGGUGUUUCAGACCAUAUUCGCCUGAGUGACCUUAUAGCAGCCAGGAUCCUAAGGUACACAGAUUUUGAUACCUUAAUAUACACCUGUGCUCCUGAAUUUGACUUCAUGGAACAAGCGACUCCACUGAGAUACACAAAAACAUUAUUGCUUCCACUUGUUAUGGUGAUUACUUAUCAUAUCUUUAAAAAGAUUGCUCGUGAUAUCAUAUGUGUCUUAUAUACAAACACUUAUGCAAGAAAACAGCUUCUUGACAACGGUGAGUUGAUUUUCCACACCUUGCAGUUGCUGGCCUUCACAGGUCUUGCCAUCUUAAUCAUGCGGCUGAAGCUGUUUCUGACACCCCACAUGUGCAUUAUGGCUUCCUUGAUCUGCUCCCGACGGCUCUUUGGCUGGCUUUUUUGCAGAAUUCAUUUUGAGAAUGUUGUCUUCGGCAUUCUGACAAUGAUGUCAAUACAAGGUUGUGCAAAUCUCCAUAACCAAUGGAGCAUAAUGGGAGAGUUUACUAACUUGCCUCAGGAAGAGCUCAUCCAUUGGAUCAAACACAACACGAGACCAGAUGCUGUCUUUGCAGGCGCCAUGCCUACAAUGGCAAGCAUCAAACUGUCCACACUGCAUCCAAUUGUGAACCACCCACACUAUGAGGAUGCAGACUUGAGGGCUCGAACAAAAAUAGUUUAUUCUGCAUAUAGUCGAAAAUCUGCAGUAGAAGUAAGAAACAAGCUGUUGGAAUUACAUGUGAAUUAUUAUGUUCUAGAAGAAGCAUGGUGUGUUGUGAGAACAAAACCUGGUUGCAGCAUGCUUGAAAUCUGGGAUGUGGAAGACCCUUCCAAUGCGGCUAACCCUCCCCUCUGCAGUGUCCUGCUCAAGGACUCCAGGCCGUACUUCACCACAGUAUUUCAGAAUAGUAUGUACAGAGUACUGAAAAUUAACUGA